AGGAUCAUUCCCUGGCUUCUUGCGAAGUGGCUGAACAGAGGGUUGAUUUAUAAAAGUGGCCAUUUUGAAAAGUUUGCCGAACAAAAUUCGGAUUUUAUUUGUUUAUCUACUGGCAUUGACAUGGUGAACGGAUUGUUCAGUGGUCGCGGACGUUACAGUGCUGUGGGUCAGAGUGACCGGGUUUACGAGCCGACGACUGAGGCGAAUUCAGAGUCCCUCAGCCCGACCCAGGCCGUUUUUGAAAAAUAUCUGAAAGGAAGAUUUAGUCAAGAUAGAGCGAAAACGAAAUGGGUGUUUACAACAAUGGUCUGUGGAUUAUGUGCCAUAUCCCUGGGGUCUGUCUUAGUUGGAGUAGACCCUUAUGAUAUAAUUUUUAAAAUGAAAGUCACAUUUACUGAGGAUGGCGAAGGAUUUUUAAUGUGGAAAAAACCUGACAUCGAUUUAUAUUUAAAAGUAUAUUUGUUCAAUGUGACAAAUCCAGAUGGCUUUCUGCACCAUGGAGAAAAACUACGGGUGCAGGAAGUUGGACCUUAUGUUUAUAGGGAGCGGAUAUCCCAUGAGAACACCACAUUCAAUGAAAAUGGAACAAUAACUGCAACACCCAUGCACCCUUUAGAAUACGUUCCAGAAAUGAGCAACGGAACGGAGAGUGAUAUCUUGACAUUGCCCAAUAUUGCACUUCUGAGUUUUGCACAAGUCCAAUCGACAUCUAAUAUAUUUAAAAAAAUGGCUGUCAACCUCCUCAUCAAGCAAACCAACAGCCAGCCGCUAGUUGCGAUGACUGCAAAAGAAUUCAUGUUUGGAUACAAAACCACCAUCCUCACCCUAGGAAACAAAUUUAUGCCCACUUGGAUCAGUUUUGAUAAAUUAGGCUUAAUUGAUAGGAUGUAUGAUUUUGAUGGGGAUACGAGUACAACAUAUUCAGGCGUAAAUGACAUCAAAAAUUCUGGUCUCCUGGCAACUUACAAUCAAAAGGGGUAUCUGCCACAAUGGGAAGCCCCUUGCAAUAAUUUAACUGGAGCAAGUGAUGGGACUAAAUUCAAUUCACUUAUUAAAAAAGAUCAAGAUCUACUAUUUUUCAGAAAGUCUUUAUGCAGAUCCAUGUCACUUGUUCGCAUUGGAGAAGAAGUUAUCAAAGGAAUCCACGGAUACAGGUAUGCGUUUAAGAAUAAUAGCUUAGAUAAUGGAGCUGUACGACCAGAAAAUAAAUGUUUCUGCCAUAAAGGCCGUUGUCUUCCUGCUGGAAUUCUUGACGUACAAGAAUGCUACUAUGGAUUUCCAAUUGUUUUAUCCUACCCGCAUUUCUACCAAAGCGACAAGUCAGUUCAGGAUGCUGUUGAAGGAAUUCACCCAAAUAAAGAUCUGCAUUCGACAUAUUUUGUCAUAAAUGAGGAUUCAGGUCUUCCUUUAAGCUUAUCUGUAAAAAUGCAGAUUAAUAUGGCUUUUACUGAUUUGUCAUCAAUGUCACACGUAGAGCAGUUCAGUAAUUUGAUUUUACCCAUGCUUUGGACUGAUAUAACAAUGAAAGAACUGCCUACAGGCAUGGCUUUUAAAUUUUAUCUGUAUUUGACACUUGGGCCGAUACUUCAAGUUGUAACAACUUAUCUGCUACUGAUCGGAGGGGUUGCUUUUAUUCUCCUUUCCUUGGCGAGUGCAGUUUUGAUACCUAAGCUGAAUCUUACAUCAAGCAACAGGGCUCCGCACGCAGACGCUGAUUGGAGGAGUGAACUUCCACUGGCGAAAAAACGAUGCCCGGGCCCUUCAAGCCAGCCCAACAACAAAGAAAUGGAACUUUACUACUGUUCACUCCUUGCAGUCCAAAAUGAGGAAAUGUAACGUUAAUUGAAAUAAGCCACUAGGCAAAUUAUUUUCUGUGAUGAGGGUGUGUCAAACCUAGUAUUAGAUAAAGAAUAUGCUAGUACUAAUGCUCAAUUGUGUGAAAUCCAUUUCAACUUUUUUUCAAACUAGUGAAAAUUGUUGAAGAACUUUUCUUUCUAAAACAACUAAUACAGGCAUUGAACAAAAAUUACUCUAGCAAAGUGAUAGACAGUAAAAUAAAUUUUUACUCGAUCACUGAACUUCACACUGGAGCAGAAACAUUACUCACUAAUACUAGUUAUUUCUAAUGAAAUUCCUUCCUCCAUUUUAACUGUGAACUUAUAUAAAAGCCAUGGUUGGACUCAUAAGUAAAGAAGACUGUUGAGAAUAUUAAAUAAAAGAAUACAUUUAUUAUUCAAAAUGUUUAAAUAGCCUAAAUUAGUUAUUCUUUUACCAUUAGGGUGUUUAUAAUAGUUGGAAUUUAACAAUAAAUGUUAUUGGAAUGCAAGAGAAACCAUCUUGUAACUCUGGUUGGAGGAAAUCAAUAUAUUUUGUAUAAAAACAAUUAUUUUAUAUGUAAAAAACAAAUUUUAGAUCAAGUAGUUUUUUAAUACAUUUUAGAAGGGUAGAUUUUUUUUCUCUUUGUCGUGAUUUGAAAAAAAAACUUAUAUACUAAUAAGUAAACUACUCCUAUUUAGCAAUUUUUU